AAAAUGGCUGCCCGACAUCGGUGAACCACGAAGUUCUAUUUUGGGGUCUUUAAAAUGAGGCGCAGUGUUCGCUUAGCAGCCAGAGCUAUCGAAGAAGUUGCAUCUCAAAAUAAUAAAGCUCUGCAAACUUCAGGACAGGCAAUCACAAUAAACUUGAAGGAGAAAGAGGGAAAUUAUUCAAGGAAGGAAACGUCGAGUAAGAGUGAGACCCGAAAAUCUAAGGCAAGAAAACGGGCUCGAGCAAAAAGUUCCACGGAACAAGACCACAAUGAAAAGAAAGGAGGUUACCUGAUAAAAUCAGUAGCGACUGAGGAAAAGGUCAAGCCAGAAAUUAAACGAGUGAAAACAGAGCCUGGCGUACAUGCGACCAUCAAGUCUGAAGACAAACUCAACUUCCAACCUCUCCAUGAAAAGCUGAUAGGAGCACAUGUCUCUAUCAGUGGUGGAUUGCAUAACGCUGUAUCUGAAGCUCUAGCCAUUGGUGCUAAGGCAUUUGGAAUGUUUUUAAGGUCACAGCGUCAGUGGAUGAGUAAACCUCUUCAGGACAAAGAUGCAGAGCUAUUUAAAGAGGCUUGCUCGAAAGCCAACUUCUCGCCGCAUUCUAUUCUCCCACAUGGUAUAUAUUUAAUGAACUGUGGCUCUCCAGACGAGGAAACUCUCUCCAAGAGCCGUGCCACUCUGGUGGACGAACUGAAACGCUGUGAAAGGCUAGGUCUAUGCCUGUAUAAUUUCCAUCCUGGCUCUACGUGUGGCAAGAUUACAUUGGAAGAAUCCGUAGGCAGAAUAGCAGAAAGUAUUAAUCAGGCACACGCAGAAACAAAAUAUGUUGUUACCGUCUUAGAAAACAUGAGCUGCCAAGGAAAUACUGUAAGUGCUAAUAUUGUUUUGUUAUUGGUUGUUGGGAGUGAAUUUUCUGUUAUAAAAUAAUCCAAAACAAAAUAAUCAUUGUAGCCAAUCAGAACAGAGGAAAAUAUCACAAAGAACAAUUAUUGUUCAGAGUAAAAAUAAGGGGUGGAUAGAACAGUAGGGACCAAGCCAUGAUUGGUUUUAGUUUUGCAUUCUAUUGCUUGAAAUGUUGGUAGAUGUUCUCUGAACUAUUAAUCAGCAAAACAAUGUCAAAUUACCUUCAAUACUCAUUUGAAAAUUGCUUUAAGACUGAAGCACAUGUCCUGGGGCUUUUUCAUACAAGAAUGGUACAGUCUUGAAUCUCAGGCUCGGAAAGUGCCGAGUUUUUUAUUGGUAUUUUUCUUUAAGCUCCUAAUAAGAACAUUUCAACAAAUCUUAAGCAUUCUUAUUUCUCAAUUGAUAUGUACAGCAACAGGUACCUCAUUGCCAAUAGGUUAAUCUAGAAAGAGACUUAAUGUCUUAUGCCAAAGUCACUGCAAUACUCAUGCAUAAUAGUGAGCCAAGGUAGGAAAAAACUCAGGUGGGAUUGCCCAGGGCAGGUAAAUUUUGAUUUUGGGCAUGUGAAAAUGUAAGUUUGGAGAAGGUGAAAUUAGCCUCCAAAUAAUUUCCAAUCAAAAGCAAUUUCAAAACUUAAGACUACAUGAUGGGAUUAAAAAGAAUCUCACAAGAAACCGUGUCAAAACCACAAAGAAACAACUUACAGUAAAAACAUUGACAAGAAAUCACUGCAUUUUGAGUACUUAUAGAAUACAGAAAAAGCAAUCCAUCCCUCUGUACCUUAACUUUUUCUUUGCAAAACAAAGUUUGCAAGUCACCAAAUAUAGUCUAUCACUCAUUAGAGACAGUACCUGGUAAAUUAUGUGACUGAUAAGGCAUGAGCAAUGCAUGCAUAAAUUUGGGCAAGUAAUAUUUUAGUGGGGGCAACUGAAAAUGUACUGGCCCACUGGGCAACAAGAUUUUAAGAUGUUAUUCCUGCCUUGUGAACUGAAUGUCAGAUAUAUGAUGCAAACCAGAUCUAGUAAAUGGACUUUUACAUCCCAACUGAAAACACUCCUCAUAUAUUGGAAUAGUAUGUAAAAUUUAAAUGUAUUUGACUACAAAUAUUAUUUAUGAUAGCAAUCCUGCUCUUUUGCUUUAAUUGCAUAAUACAUGUAUACUUUGAGUAACUUUUUUAUACAAUUUGUCAGACUAUGGAUGUGUAAAUAUUAACAUGUUAACUGUAGGUUAGAAUAGACAUUAGGUGUUCUCUCAAUGUUUUGACCCUUUCACUUCUAAGAUUUCAAUAACUGUUAAAAUUAUUUUUCUGAAAAGUUUGUCACCCAUUUCUUAAAAUUUCAGAUCUGAAAAUUUGGUGUUGAUCAAACAAUCUACUCUCGUCGUUAUUUCUUUUAUUUCCAUCUCUGGAUAUGGUAUUAACCUUUUAACCCCUAAAAGUGACUAGCAUCUAAUUUCUCCUUACAAUAUCACCACUAAAUCAUGCAGUACGGUCAUGAGAAUAAGGAAGAUUACCAUCAGCUAAAAAAGUUAUAGAUUGUUACACAAAUUCUUCUUGUCAGCACCUUAGGGAAUGCAUGGAGAACAGUAUGGAGAAUAUCUUUACCAAUGUUAAGGUGUUAAUGGUCAAUAUUGUAAUGAUAUAUUCCCAUGUUGUCACUCCUGUGAGGGCAAAGGUUAACUGAAUGUCUUUGUGUUUUCGGUUUUUUUUUUGUUUAUUUUUUUGUUUACUUUGUCUAUGCUAUUGGCCAUAAUUCUACACUUAUUUCAACAGAUUGGUGGUAAAUUUGAAGAGCUGCGAGGUAUCAUUGACCAGGUCCAGGACAAGUCUCGUGUAGGGGUGUGUCUGGACACAUGUCAUGCCUUUGCUGCUGGGUAUGACAUUGCAUCAGAGAGAGGCUUUGAAAUAAUGAUGGAUGAAUUUGAGACAAUUGUUGGUCUCAAAUACCUGCGAGGUGUUCAUCUAAAUGACUCCAAGGGAGAUCUGGGAUGCCACUUAGAUAGGCAUGAAAAUAUUGGCAAAGGGAAGAUUGGGGUUGAGGCAUUUAGGCGUGUGAUGAGAGACCCUCGUUUUAAUGGUAUCCCAAUGAUUUUGGAAACACCAUAUGUUUCUGAAAAUAUUUAUCAAAAGGAGAUAAAGCAGCUGUAUGCUAUGAGUACAUAAAAGAAAGAUUCAAUCAAUAUGUAGCUCUUAUUUUGUUGUGUUUCAGUAUCCUCCUGUCAGUCCUUAUGUAGAAAGGUUUUUUCAGUUUCUGUUUGUUCGUUUUUGAGUUAUCGAAGCACAGUCUUAAUGUUAUACUGAUAUUCAUUAGAAUUUUAUGUUUGUUUGCUAGUUUACUUUUUGUCAUAUCUUUCCUUUUUGUCAUAUCUUGAAUUAAACCUAUAGGAUUUUACAAGGAAUAUUUUUUGAGAUAAUUCUUUCUGCAUUUGCUCUUAUAGACAAGGAAAUAUCAACUUUGAAUUUCACAGCGUCAUUUAAAUUACGUGAUAUGAUCUUUGUAAGGUCUUUCUUGAUCGAUAUUUCUCUUUGGAGUAUGAGGCUGCUUUCCAACCAUGAACAGAGAACCCUUAGCUGCUCCACUCUAAGUGUUUCAUAUAUUAGUCCGAGUAAUUUUCGAUCAAGCGCCGAAAGUCAUCUGCAAAAGCACUUCACUACGCGUAAUGAUGGUCCAAAAAAACUUGUUUCAUCCUCUGUGUGUAAACUGAAACCAACGUCACGUUUUCCCGUACUUAAGGCUGACUGCUUCCUUGAAUUGAACACCUUUGUUUUGAUUGGCCGUUGUGAUUUAUUUGUUCAUUUGUACUUUGCUUAAUUGAGAGUGCUCUUAUGACUGAGAAAGCAGUUGUAAUUCAGUACCCUUACCCAAAUAUAGCUUAAUUUAAAAAAAAUUUGGUAAUUAUCUGUCGUUUUAUUCUGUUAAUUUAAUAAAAUGUACAAUUAGUUUACCUUCAGGUUCUUGG